AUGUUUACGUCACCACCACCAAUACCAAGAGAAGAAGACCACUUCAGCGCGAAGCGGUUCUGUCUGCAGGCCCUGCUGUGGAGCGGGCUGCUGUUUGCGCCGGGGCGCUGCGACGGGGGGAAUGAAGCGUCGAUCGAGGGGGCGCAUAACGAGCUGCUGGUUAUAGGGACGCCCGUUGCGCACCUGUCCACGAUCACGAUCACGACGACCAUAGCGUACAAGCCGACGCUGAUACCGGGGGCCGCGGCGUACUCGCUGCUGGGAUGUUACGGCCAGCCGGACGAUACUGGGGGGCACGUGUUUGGGGCCGACGAGCACUACGCGUGUCCCGAUACGGUCCCGGCUGCGAAGUUGACUAUACAGGCUUGCUUGGAGGGUUGCUCUUCGUUGCCGGUGCCGAGUAACGGCUCGGAACAUUAUACGUAUGCUGGACUUAGGAAUGGAAGUGAGUGCAUAUGCGGUCUACAGCUCUUACCUCAAGUACACAUGCUCGCGGACGACGACUGCAAGACGCCCUGUGCCGGCGACGCCAGGCUCUCCUGCGGCGGAGAAGACAUCCUCGCUAUAUACGGCCCGGCCUCCGCCGCCAGCGGUGCCAACGGUGGCGAUGGAUCUGACGGUGCUGAUAGUCCUGACAGUCCAGAUAGUCCUGAUGGAGGCAAUGGGGACAUUGGUGCCAAAGGUCCCGACAGUGCCAAUGCGUCAAAUGCAGCCAACGGGGCCAGUAGCCGUGAGGGCGGCAGCGGAAGCGACGACAGUGAAGGGGGAGCUGCAUCAGCUUCGAAGACAGGCGACCAGCAAGACGACAGCGCGAAAUCUGGCGAAAGAACCGCAGAGAGCACGGCCAAUCCAACGUCGAACAAGAUCCAAUCCACGACGCCAACGACAACACCAGCCACCACCACGCCCUCCCCCAAACCGACCACCACGAACAACAACGCCAAAGCCGCCCUCCCCGACCUCCCCACCACCACACCCCCCGGCACGCCGCCGGCCCCAGCCUCAGCGGCGACCAUCGGCGCCAUCACAGGCAGCAUGUCAGGCGCCGUGAUCCUAGCCGCAUGCCUCACGCUCUGCUUCCGCGCCUACCGGCGCAAGAAGCGCCGCCAGGACCUGCACGUCAAGGUGAUCCUGGACAAGAAAAACGGCCGGCCCGUGCCGUCGCCGAUCAGCACGACGUUUCGGAAGCAUCACGACGCGGACGGCCGCGAUAGUCGGGACUUGAGGGUCACGGCCGACGGGGACCUUGUGCCCACGACGCCGGCGCUGGAGAGCGGGGGACGGUAUGUUGGUGCUGGCGCUGCUGGCGGACUGCAUGCGCGGAUGCCGGCUAGUGCAGGUGUGGUGGAGCGGGAUAGUCUGUACAGCACGCUGAUGGGCGAAGUGCGAACCGGGCCCGUCGGGAGCGGUGUCGCCGCUGCUGCGUUUGCGCCCUCGUCGGCGAUGGCGGCGGGAGCGGCAGCAGCGGACGCAGCCGCGGCCUCGGGCGUGCAAUGGCGCAGUCUGCCGCCGACGCCGAAUCAUGCCAAUUACAACCCGUCGCCUACGCAGACGCAUAGUCGGACGCAUAGUCGGAAGGUGAGCUCGCAUAUGAGAAGCCAGGGGUAUGCGUUUGCUACGGCGAACAAUACGAACGCGAACGGGAGCGCGGGCGCUAAUGUUGGUACGAGGACUUAUGGCCCGGUCUCGCCUCCGGCUUCCGCGGCGCGUGUUGAGGGUCUCGGCGACCGUGCCUGGCAUAGACGUAAGAUCUCGACGCCGUACCAGCCGCAGGCACAGGCUCAAGGGGGCGUACCGGUAUCGAACACAGGCAACAUGGCAGCCAGAGGACCACCCAGCGGACCCCCCAGAAUGCCCCUGCCGCCGGUCCGGCCGAGACGGUCGUUCGACACGAUACAGUUCGACGACGUGCAGAUAGGCGCGCCGCACACGGGCCAUAGGCGCAGCAGGUCAUCAAUGGGGUUCGAGCCGCCGUUACCGCUGAAUAUCCGGAAGAAUCCUCCCCCUCAACAACCACAGCAGCAGGAGCCUCAGAUACGGGAGGUGAUGCUGGCGAGGCAGGUCCGGCAGGAUGCCGUGGACGACUCGCCGUUGCUGGGGCAGGACGGGUGGGGCCGACUGCCGCCGACGCGGUUUGGUGGUGGUGGGAAUAAUGAAGGUAGCAGGGGAGAUAGGGGCUUGGACGGCAGGGAACCGACGGUGCCGGUGCUGCCGCCGAUUGUGCCGGGCGAGAACUUUGAUUCGAGGAGGGUGUGGCGGGGCACGAUUUACGCGGAGAGUGACGGGAGUAGUCUUCGGAGUAGUCAUCAGGAUAGUCAUCCGGAAGGUCAUCAUCCGGAUGGCGGCGGCCCGGGGAGCGCUCUGCAUAUGGGAAGGGAUGGGGAUAGGGAUAGAGACGGACACGGCGGGGAUAGGCCUUCGUCGGGUUGGAGCGUUGGGACGAGCAUCUUGUUUCCGUUGGACGAUGAGGAUAUACAUUGA